AUGAUUGAUCGCAGUACUAUGGCUCACCCCGUGCACGAAGCCAGCAAGAGCCACCCCAUGGGCAGCUUCACCGGGGAAGAGUUCUUCAGUAAGCAUCGAAUCCUUCACCGCGAAUCGUUCAUGCUCAACCGGCAGGGCAUGAAGAUCUUCACGCAGUCGUGGCAGCCGGCGGCGCUGCCGCCGCUGCGCGGCGUCGUGGCGAUGAUCCACGGCUACGCGUGCGACAGUAGCUGGGUCUUCCAGCUGACGGCCGUGGCAGUUGCGAAGCUUGGGUUCCUGGUGUGCGCUCUAGACCUCCGGGGCCACGGCCGCUCCGAGGGCCGGCGGGGGCACCUCCCGAGCGUCGCUCCGGUCGUGGACGACUGCAUUGAGUACUUCGAGUCGGUUAGGGCGAUGCACCCCCGUCUCCCGGCCUUCCUCUACGGCGAGUCGCUCGGGGGAGCCAUGGCCGUGCUGGUCUGCCUCCGGCAGCAGCAGAAAAGCAGGUUCUGGAGCGGCCUGAUCCUGCACGGCGCCAUGUGCGGCAUCACCUCGAAGUUCAAGCCGCCGUGGCCGCUGGAGACUCUGCUGCCGCUGGCAGCGUGGGCGGCGCCGCGGUGGAGGGUGGUGCUGACGAAGUCGCUGGUGGAGAAGUCGUACAAGCAGGGGUGGGUGAGGGAGCUGGUGAGGCGGAACCCGAGGACGGAGCGGAAAUGCGAGUACGCGCCGGCCGCGACUGCGCUGGAGAUGAUCAGGGUGUGCGGGGAGGUCACGAGGAGGAGCGGCGAUCUGGAGGUGCCGCUGCUGGUGGUGCACGGUGCGGAGGACGCGAUCUGCGACGUGAAGUCGGCGAUGGUGGUGUACGCGCGGGCGAGAAGCAAGGACAAGACGCUUAAGAUUGUGGCGGGGAUGUGGCACCAGAUGGUCGGAGAGGAGGCGGAGACGGUGGAAGAGGGAUUCGGGAUCAUCUUCGCCUGGCUGAUGGAAAGAGCCGAGAAAGCAUCUUCUUCCUUCUCCGGUUAA